AUGAUCACCUCUGAGCUGCCUGUCCUACAGUGAGUCUUUACCUGUUGCUUCGUCAACCAAAGCCUCAUUAAGAGUUCACAUCACAACACACCCCUGAUGCGGUAAUUAGUCGAACGUAGGUGUGUGUGUAAUGUAUGUUGUGACCGCUGAGUGUGGGUAGAAUUAUGUAUGUGUAUCCCUCUCGGUAUAAGUAUAUUGUGUGUGUGUGUGUGUGUUGCAGGGACUCGUCCAACGAGAGCGGAGCGGCAGACACAGUGAGUCUGAGUAUGAGUGUGAGUGAGCUGGAGGACCCGACAGACACUAAAGGCAAGAAGAAGAGAGGGAGGCCUGGGAGACCACCGGUAAGAACACCUUUCUAUGUGUGCGUGUGUACGAGGGAGUGAAUGUGUCCGAUUCCAUCUCUGUACAUAGUUUCUUCCUGUAUAUCCGAACCCUUUGCUCCGCCCCCUUUUAGGCAGCCAAUAAGAAGCCUCGGAAGUCCCCCGCGGAGAAGGCUACAGGCGGUGCUAAAGGGAGGAAGGCCAAUGGGGUCCCUCAGACCAACGGAGAGGGAGGAGACCCCGUCACUCUGUUUGAGGUGGUCAGAAUGGGGAAGAGUGCCAUGCAGUCUGUGGUAGAUGACUGGAUAGAGUCAUACAAGCAGGACAGAGACAUCGCUUUACUGGACCUCAUCAACUUCUUCAUCCAGUGUUCUGGCUGCAAAGGUAUUACACAUAGUCUACUGUUAGUGAACAUACUGCUAUCUACACACCAGCCAAUAUUCUGAUUCUAUAGGCCUAAUUUCGAGGUUGAAUGGUUGUAUUGUGGUUGUUAAAAGGUUGUAUUGUGGCUAUGUGUAACCCUCUUCAGGCACAGUGCGCAUCGAGAUGUUCCGGAACAUGCAGAACGCUGAGAUCAUCAGGAAGAUGACGGAGGAGUUUGACGAGGUAAUACAUCGACGCUGUCAUUGGUCGGAUGAGUGGAUGGUGGGAGGGAUAGGUGGGGGGAUAUAGACUGAUGUAUGUAUUGACGUAUUGAUGUAAUGUGAUGACAGUGUGACUGCUGAUAUAAAAAGGGCUUUAUAAAUACAUCUGAAUUGAUUGACUACUCUCUCUCUAUGCCCUCACCCCGGUAAUAGAUAAACAUAUUGAUCAUGUAUUGAUCAUGUCUGUCUGUGGUCUACAGGACAGUGGGGACUACCCUCUCACCAUGCCCGGGCCGCUGUGGAAGAAGUUCCGCUACAACUUCUGUGAGUUCAUCUGCGUAUUGAUACGUCAGUGCCAGUACAGCAUCAUCUAUGAUGAGUACCUCAUGGACACGGUCAUAUCCCUCCUCACGGGACUAUCUGACUCGCAGGUCAGAGCCUUCAGACACACCAGCACACUGGCAGGUAAGAGACUCCCUUUCCCUCUCUCUUUCUGUCCCCUCCCUAUCUUUCUCUCUCUCUCUCUCUCUCUCUCUCUCUCUCUCUCUCUCUCUCUCUCUCUUUCUGUCUCCUGUCUCUCUCUUUCUGUCUCCUGUCUCUCUCUUUCUGUCUCCUGUCUCUCUCUUUCUGUCUCCUCUCUAUCUCUUUCUGUCUCCUGUCUCUCUCUUUCUGUCUCCUGUCUCUCUCUUUCUGUCUCCUCUCUAUCUCUUUCUGUCUCCUGUCUCUCUCUUUCUGUCUCCUGUCUCUCUCGCUCUCGCUCUCUCUGAAAGAACUGGAGACCAGUUUCAUUGCUCUGUGUAGAUUACAAGAUCUAUCUAAAAGAUAUAUUUUUGGUUCUUGAAGAUCAGUUGUAUUGUGGCCCUGUCUCUCUCUCUUUUCAUCUCUCGCUCUCCCUCCCUCCAGCGAUGAAGUUGAUGACAGCGUUGGUUAAUGUAGCGUUGAACCUCAGUAUCCACCAGGACAACACCCAGAGACAGUAUGAGGCUGAGAGGAACAAGAUGGCCGGAAAACGAGCCAAUGAGAAGCUAGAGCUGCUGUUGCAGAAGAGGAAGGAGGUACGUGAUUGGUCUGCUGGUGGUUGGACACACACACACACACACACACACUGACCUCCUAACUAUGUUGUUUCCCCCAACAGCUCCAAGAGAACCAGGAUGAGAUUGAGAACAUGAUGAACUCCAUCUUUAAAGGAAUCUUCGUCCACCGCUACAGGUACACACACACACACACACACACACACACACACACACACAGUAAUGAAAGUAGUGAUGAUGGUGAUGAUGUUAAAGGUAUUGGUGUGUGUUUCAGGGAUGCUAUAGCUGAGAUCAGAGCUAUCUGUAUUGAGGAGAUUGGAGUUUGGAUGAAGAUGUACUCUGACGCCUUCCUCAACGACAGCUACCUGAAAUAUGUAGGAUGGACCCUACAUGACCGGGUAGGCGCACGCACGCACACACACACGCACACGCACACACACACACACACACAGGGGCAUGCAUGUAUACACUUACACUCUUUCUCUCUCUCUCUCUCUCUCCGUAGCAAGGUGAGGUACGUCUGAAGUGCCUGAAGGCUCUCCAGAACCUCUACACCAACAGAGAGCUGUUUCCUAAACUGGAGCUGUUCACCAACCGCUUCAAGGACCGCAUCGUGUCCAUGACUCUGGAUAAGGAGUAUGACGUGGCUGUGGAGGCUAUUAGACUGAUCACACUCAUCCUGCAGUACGUAUCAACACACAGACACACACGUUUGCCUUUACACACAUACUCGUAUAAUGGGACCCUGUGUGUUUAUUGUAAUGGUUUGUGAUUGGCUGCGGUGUUUAAUGUAACUGUUUGUGAUUGGUUGUUCUAGGGGCAGUGAGGAUGCGUUGUCCAAUGAGGACUGCGAGAAUGUCUACCACCUGGUUUACUCCGCCCACAGACCUGUCGCCGUGGCAGCAGGAGAGUUUCUGCACAGGAAGUGAGUCUGUCUGCCUGUCUGAGUGUUGGAACCCAACCGAUAAAUCCAUUCAGCAAUAUUAUUGGCUGAUAUUGACCUUUUCCAGCAACAUUCCACUUUGUGUGCAGGUUGUUCAGCAGACAUGACCCCCAGGCAGAGGAGGAGUUGGCUAAGAGGAGAGGGAGGAGCAGCGCCAACGGAAACCUCCUCCGCAUGCUGGUACUCUUCUUCUUAGAGAGUGAGCUCCAUGAACAUGCAGCCUAUCUGGUGGACUCUCUGUGGGAGAGUUCUCAGGAGCUGCUGAAGGACUGGGAGUGUAUGACUGAAUUACUGCUGGAGGAGCCUGUACAAGGAGAGGAGGGUAAGACACAUACAUCUCUAGAGUUUUACCAUAACUCGGUGGUUAAUUGUUUUUAUCACGAUAUCUGUUUUUAUCACGAUAUCUGUUUAUAUCACGAUAUUUGUUUAUAUCACGGUAUUUUUUUAGAUCACGGUAUCUGUUUAUAUCAGGAUAUUUGUUUAUAUCACGGUAUUUGUUUAUAUCACGAUAUCUGUUUAUAUCACGAUAUUUGUUUAUAUCACGAUAUCUGUUUAUCACAAUAUCUGUUUUUAAAGAGUUGAUUGACGAUCAGACAGUGACCUCUCUCCCUUUCCUCGCUCUCAUCACAGUGCUGUCAGACAGACAGGAGAGCUCCCUGAUAGAGUUGAUGGUGUGUACCAUCCGGCAGGCAGCGGAGGCUCACCCACCCGUCGGCAGGGGCACUGGGAAACGUGUUCUCACGGCGAAGGAGAGGAAGACUCAGAUAGACGACAAGAACAAACUGACAGAACACUUCAUCAUGGCUCUGCCCAUGCUCCUGUCCAAGUACCAGGCCGACUCUGAGAAGGUGGCUAACCUGCUACAGAUCCCGAUGUUCUUUGAUCUGGACGUGUACAGCGCCGGGCGUAUGGAGAAGGUAGGAGUGUGUGUGAGACAGAACGGUGUGUGUGUGUGUUCAUGCUUGGUUUUGUGUGUGUGAGAGGCCUAGUUGACGUUUCCGUGUGUGAAGUUUUCUUUAUGGGUGGCUUUAUGUACUGUAGUUACUGACCUCCCUCCUUCUCCCAGCAUCUAGAUGCCUUACUGAAGCAGAUCCGCCUGGUGGUAGAGAAACACAUCGAGACAGACGUCCUGGAGGCCUGCAGUAAGACCUACAGCAUCCUGUGUUCUGAAGAGUACACCAUCAUGAACAGAGUGGACAUCGCCCGCUCACAACUCAUAGACGAGAUGACGGACAGAUUCACACACUCUGUAGAAGACCUGCUGCAAGAGGCAGAGGAGGCUGAUGAUGACGACAUCUACAACGUUCUGUCGACCCUCAAGAGACUCACAGCCUUCCACAAGUAAGACCAUCCUUCCUCUCUUUCUCCCACGGUCUCAUUUCAGACUCCCUCUCUCCAUCCCUCUCAGUAAGUCUUGAAGAUACAGGUCCUCCCUGGACUCUGACUGGCAUGCUCUGUGUGUGUGUUCCCAGUGCCCAUGACCUGACGCGGUGGGACCUGUUUGGAAGCUGCUACAGGCUGCUGAAGGCUGGUAUCGAGCAGGGGGCCAUGCCUGAGCAGAUUGCUGUCCAGGCACUACAGUGUUCACACUACUCCAUACUGUGGCAGCUGGUCAAAAUCACAGAGGGAGCUCCUAGUAAAGAUGACCUGGUGGCUCUGAGGAGAGUGGUGAAGUCCUUCCUGGCUGUCUGUCAGCAGUGUCUGUCCAACGUCAACACACCUGUCAAAGAACAGGUACAAACCAGUUUACACCUGUUGGACCAGCCUUAAUCGAGUUCAAUAAACCAGUCUCACUUCAGUUACACCUGACUAAUCUUACUCCAGUUUAAACUGAUGAUGAGGGCAGUGUGUGUCCUCCCUGCUACACCAGUCUCAAACCAGUUUACACCUGUUCAACCAGUCUUUUUCAAGUUUAGUAAACCAGUUUAAACUCCAGUUUACACCUCUUCGACUAGUCUCACUACAGUUUAAACUGAUGAUGGUAGUGAUGAUGGUGAUGUUAAUAAUAAUUAUGAUGAUGAUGAUGAUGGAGAAAGGUGUUAAUGAUAGUGUGUUCUCUCCCUGUACAACAGGCCUUCAUGUUGUUGUGUGACCUGCUGAUGAUCUUCAGUCACCAGUUGGUCUCUGGGGGCAGAGAGGGACUGGAGGCCCUAGUGUUCAACCCAGACAGCACCUUACAGAACGAGCUGCUCACCUUCAUCCUGGACCACGUCUUCAUAGACCAGGAUGAUGAGAACCAGAGCAUGGGUUAGAGCUACACAGACACACACACACACACACACACACACACACACAGGGUCGCCGUCAAUAAUGGCUGACCCUGGCCGUGGCCCCACUCUGAGGGUGUCUCGGGGAGUGGGAUAUGCAUAAAACACAUUUCCAAUUCACACCACACACUUGUACAUGUGUGAAAUAGGACAAUUGUAAGCACCCACCUAAAUAUUAUUAUUAUUACACACACACAAAUGUGUGCACACACGCAUAUACUACACACACAGACCACUAAGUGUGUAUAUUCUGUCUCCAGAAGGUGAUGAGGAGGAUGAAGCCAAUAAGAUAGAAGCUCUCCACAAGAGGAGAAACCUUCUAGCAGCCUUCAGCAAACUCAUCAUCUAUGACAUCGUGGACAUGCCCGCUGCCGCAGACAUCUUCAAACAUUACAUGAAGGUACUAAACUGUGUGUCACCAGUCUAUUUGAAAGUGAAAUGUGUCGUGACGUGACUUGCAUUAAUGUGAUGACUGUUAUUUAUCGAAUCAACUAACUGUUUAACUGUCACUCAGGAAGGAUUAAAUUAAUAAUGUAACAAUUGACUCAUUAGGAAUUUGGGGCACCACGGAAGAAGUUGUUUAACGAGUUACCAUCUCCCGAAUUAAACUCUUAGAAGAUAUAUACAGUGGGGAGAACAAGUAUUUGAUACACUGCCGAUUUUGCAGGUUUUCCUACUUACAAAGCAUGUAGAGGUCUGUAAUUUUUAUCAUAGGUACACUUCAACUGUGAGAGACGGAAUCUAAAAAAUCCAGAAAAUCACAUUGUAUGAUUUUUAAGUAAUUAUUUUGCAUUUUAUUGCAUGACAUAAGUAUUUGAUACAUCAGAAAAGCAGAACUUAAUAUUUGGUACAGAAACCUUUGUUUGCAAUUACAGAGAUCAUAUGUUUCCUGUAGGUCUUGACCAGGUUUGCACACACUGCAGCAGGGAUUUUGGCCCACUCCUCCAUACAGACCUUCUCCAGAUCCUUCAGAUUUCGGGGCUGUCGCUGGGCAAUACGGACUUUCAGCUCCCUCAAAAGAUUUUCUAUUGGGUUCAGGUCUGGAGACUGGCUAGACCACUCCAGGACCUUGAGAUGCUUCUUACGGAGCCACUCCUUAGUUGCCCUGGCUGUGUGUUUCGGGUCGUUGUCAUGCUGGAAGACCCAGCCAUGACCCAUCUUCAAUGCUCUUACUGAGGGAAUGAGGUUGUUGGCCAAGAUCUCGCGGUACAUGGCCCCAUCCAUCCUCCCCUCAAUAUGGUGCAGUCGUCCUGUCCCCUUUGCAGAAAAGCAUCCCCAAAGAAUGAUGUUUCCACCUCCAUGCUUCACGGUUGGGAUGGUGUUCUUGGGGUUGUCCUCAUCCUUCUUCUUCCUCCAAACACGGCGAGUGGAGUUUAGACCAAAAAGCUCUAUUUUUGUCUCAUCAGACCACAUGACCUUCUCCCAUUCCUCCUCUGGAUCAUCCAGAUGGUCAUUGGCAAACUUCAGACGGGCCUGGACAUGCACUGGCUUGAGCAGGGGGACCUUGCGUGCGCUGCAGGAUUUUAAUCCAUGACGGCGUAGUGUGUUACUAAUGGUUUUCUUUGAGACUGUGGUCCCAGCUCUCUUCAGGUCAUUGACCAGGUCCUGCCGUGUAGUUCUGGGCUGAUCCCUCACCUUCCUCAUGAUCAUUGAUGCCCCACGAGGUGAAAUCUUGCAUGGAGCCCCAGACCGAGGGUGAUUGACCGUCAUCUUGAACUUCUUCCAUUUUCUAAUAAUUGCGCCAACAGUUGUUGCCUUCUCACCAAGCUGCUUGCCUAUUGUCCUGUAGCCCAUCCCAGCCUUGUGCAGGUCUACAAUUUUAUCCCUGAUGUCCUUACACAGCUCUCUGGUCUUGGCCAUUGUGGAGAGGUUGGAGUCUGUUUGAUUGAGUGUGUGGACAGGUGUCUUUUAUACAGGUAACGAGUUCAAACAGGUGCAGUUAAUACAGGUAAUGAGUGGAGAACAGAAGGGCUUCUUAAAGAAAAACUAACAGGUCUGUGAGAGCCGGAAUUCUUACUGGUUGGUAGGUGAUCAAAUACUUAUGUCAUGCAAUAAAAUGCAAAUUAAUUACUUAAAAAUCAUACAAUGUGAUUUUCUGGAUUUUUGUUUUAGAUUCCGUCUCUCACAGUUGAAGUGUACCUAUGAUAAAAAUUACAGACCUCUACAUGCUUUGUAAGUAGGAACACCUGCAAAAUCGGCAGUGUAUCAAAUACUUGUUCUCCCCACUGUAUAUAUAUGGUAAAUAUCGAUAACAGUCAUCUAUUAAAUCAUAACCUCAUCAGUCUCAUUCUGAACGUCACAUAAUCCUUGAACCUGCAAGAACCCUAACCUUAUUGGUGAAUCAGCAAUACACAAAUUGGCUUAAUUAUUUAUUUACUAACUUAACUAAAUAACACAGAAUACAUAAACACACACACACACGGUAUAGGUUAUGAAAAAGGGAGGGGUCAAUAGAAAGGGAGAGACCAAGAGAUUCAAAAUAUCGUUGUUACAUUUGGAAACUAUGCUCACAGUAAUCAUAAUACUUAGCACCCUAACCACCGCUCAUUCGGAUAAGAAAUGCAAUGGAUAUAUUUUACAUUUUGUACAUAAAAAAUAAAAAAAAUUUAGUCAUUUAGCAGACGCUCUUAUCCAGAGCGACUUACAGGAGCAAUUAGGGUUAAGUGCCUUGCUCAAGGGCACAUCGACAGAUUUUUCCUAGUUGGCUCGGGGAUUAGAACCAGCGACCUUUCGGUUACUGGCACAACGCUCUUAACCACUAAGCUACCUGCCGCCUAGCUGUCUCUCUGUUGAAUCACUUUCUCAAAAAGGGUUUGAGUGUCCUGUCCCACUUCGGUGAGACUCUGCUUGUCUUCAAGUGGAGUGUUCGUUAGAUAGAUACUUCAGAUGUACCAACGGUUGUCGGAAGAUGGGAUUGUCCUUCCCAACUCGUGUCUUUAGUGAAAGUUCUAGUACUUUACAUGUACAGCUGCAGACUGAUAUGAUAAGGUCUAGUGUGUGGUUGUAGAUGUUGAGAGUUUCACCAUUUCAAACGUAUGGACUACCGUCUCACGUUUUCUGGUCUGUAGAGUGUCAACCAUUUGUAACGCGAGCUCGCGCUUCACGUCGGCUGGUCUUUCUCAUUCAAAGUUCUAACCAUUUUAAACGUGCAGUCGCCACUCCGCGCUUCCUGGUCUAAAGGUUGAUUUGUUUUCAAGGCUUUUUAUGCACUCUGGGUAAAAGGGGCAUUCCAUCGUGAUGACAAAUAUUUUGGAGAAAAAGGUUUUGGUGGCAAAAGUCUCUCUAUAACAAAGAUAUUUCAGUCUUACUAUACUAGAGAACCAGAGGGAGAGUUUCUGCAAACUAUUUAUGACCAGCUGUUAAGUCAUAAAACCGGCCCAACUCCCCCCCCCCCCUCCCUCUCCCUCUCCACUCCUGUGGGAGAGGGGGGGGGGGGGGUCUGGCUAUCUGUCAGCCAUUUGCCAAGCUGAUCUGGCACCUUUGAUCCUCACCAAGGAGAGAGUCAUGACAAAUGAAAAUGACAAUUGUUGUUUCCGUCCCUGAUCCCUGUAUGCUUUCAUUUCAUGUCUGAUAGUCACACGUCGUCAUGCUUGCCUCCUGUAUCCUCAACCAAAUAGUUGACUGGUUUCUCUGUCUCUCUCUGUCUCUCUCUCUCUCUAUCUCUAUCUCUGUCUCUGUCUGUCUCUCUCUCUCUCUCUCUGCUGUCUCCAGUAUUAUAAUGACUAUGGUGACAUCAUCAAGGAGACUCUCAGUAAGACCAGACAGAGUGAUAAGAUCCUCUGUGCCAAGACCCUCAUCCUCAGUCUGCAACAGGUACACACACACACCCGCACCACACACACCUACCCGCACCACACACACACUGACACACACUCCCGCACCACACACUCACUAUUCACUGUCUGUGUUGUAGCUGUUCAACGAACUUCUUCAGGACCAGGGUCCUACUCUGGACAGAACGUCGUCUCACGUCAGCGGCAUUAAGGAGUUGGCCCGACGCUUCGCCCUCACCUUCGGCCUGGACCAGAUCAAAACCAGAGAGGCUGUCGCUACACUGCACAAGUAACACCCAACACACACACAUGCUGUUUUUUUUUUUUUUUUUGUGGGGGGGGUGGAUCAGCUUAAUAUUGCAGAUAGAUUGUAUCUUCUAUCAAUGUAAUUGUCUGCAUCACUUCCAAUCCCCCAUGUUUUUUUUUUUUUUUUUUUUUUUUUUUGUGGGGGGGGUGGAUCAGCUUAAUAUUGCAGAUAGAUUGUAUCUUCUAUCAAUGUAAUUGUCUGCAUCACUUCCAAUCCCCCAUGUUUAUUUUUAUUUUUUAUAUAUAUAUAUAUUCCCCUUUAUUACUUUUCAACCCCACCAUCCUUUCCCUACUUGGAGUAAAUUAGUGAACAACAACAUGCUGUUAGAAACACCCAACACACACACAUGCUGUUAGAAACACCCAACACACACACAGGCUGUUAGAAACACCCAACACACACACAUGCUGUUAGAAACACCCAACACACACACAUGCUGUUAGAAACACCCAACACACACACGCUGUUAGAAACACCCAACACACGGUCUGUUAGAAACACCCAACACACACGGUCUGUUAGAAACACCCAACACACACACAUGCUGUUAGAAACACCCAACACACACACAGGCUGUUAGAAACACCCAACACACGGUCUGUUAGAAACACCCAACACACACGGUCUGUUAGAAACACCCAACACACGGUCUGUUAGAAACACCCAACACACACGGUCUGUUAGAAACACCCAACACACACACAGGCUGUUAGAAACACCCAACACACACACAGGCUGUUAGAAACACCCAACAUACACACGGUCUGUUAGAAAGCUGAUCAACUCAUUGUUUUCUCUGGUUUUAUUAUUUAACCUCCAAGAAUUGACCCAGUUUUAUCAUCUGAGUGCCCUGUUACAAUUGCUCCUCCGAGCUUAUGGUGUCUCUCUCUUCCUCUCUCCCCCCCCUCUUUCUCUUCUUUUUCUCGCUCCCCCCGGCAGCCCUCUUCUUCUCUCUCUUCCUCUCUCCCCCCUCCGCCCUCUUCUCUCUCUUCCUCUCUCCCCCUCCGCCCUCUUCUCUCUCUUCCUCUCUCCCCCCUCCGCCCUCUUCUCUCUCUGCUCUCCCUCCCCCCUGCGCCUCUUCUCCCUCUUCCUCUCUCACCCUCCCCCUCAUCUCACUCUUCCUCUCACCACCUCUUCCCCCCUCGUCUCUCUUCCUCUCACUUCUUCCCCCCUCGUCUCUCUCUUCCUCUCUCCCCCUCGUCUCUUUCCUCUCCCUCUCCUCUCCCCCCUCGUCUCUCUUCCUCUCACCUCUCUCCUCCCUCGUCAUCUCCUCUUCACCUCCUCCAUAUGUCUCUCUCUCCUCUCACCUCCUCCCACCUCGUCUCUCCUCUUCUCUCACCUCUCUCCCCCCCUAGUCUCGCUCUUCCUCUCAACCUCUCUCUCCCCCACUCGUCUCGCUCUUCCUCUCACCUCCCCCCCCCCCCCCUUGUCUCGCUCUUCUCUCCCUCUCUCCCCCCUCCGCCCUCCACAGGGAUGGUAUAGAGUUUGCCUUUAAGUACCAGAAUCCUCAUGGUGCAGAGUUCCCUCCUCCUAACCUGGCCUUCCUAGAGGUCCUCUCAGAGUUCUCCUCCAAACUGCUGCGACAGGACAAGAAGACUGUGUAAGUACCUACCCUGUGUGUGUGUCAAAUUAUUAUGGCACAAUAAGCAGACUGUGUGUAACCCCUCUCUCUCCUCCCCCAGUCACUCGUAUCUGGAGAAGUUUAUGUCAGAGUCGAUGUCGGAGCGUCGUGAGGACGUGUGGCUGCCGUUAAUCUCCUACCGGAACAGUCUGCUAACGGGAGGUGAGGAUGGGGACCGGCUGUCGGUAACGUCAGGCGCCAGCAGCAAGACCAGCUCCAUCCGCAGCAAGAAGGGACGGACGCCAGUACACAAGAGUAAACGCAUCGAGGGUGGGUCUAUCUUACACACACACACACACACACACACACAGAGAUACACACACAGAGACAUACACUCAAGUGUACAAAACAUUAAGAACACCUUCCUAAUAUUGAGUUGCACCCCCCCCACACUUUUACCCUCAGAACAGCCUCAGUUCGUCAGGGCAUGGACUCUACAAGGUGUCGAAAGUGUUCCACAGGGAUGCUGGCCCCUGUUGACUCCAAUGCUUCCCACAGUUGUCAAGUUGGCUGGAUGUCCUUUGGUUGGUGGACCAUUCUUGAUACACACAGGAAACUGUUGAGUGUGAAAAACCCAGCAGCGUUCCAGUUCUUGACACAAACCGGUGUGCCUGGCACCUACUACCAUACCCCGUUCAAAGGCACUUACAUAUUUUGUCUUGCCCAUUCACCCUCUGAAUAGCACACAUACACAAUCCAAGUCUCAAUUGUCUCAAAUCCUUCUUUAACCUGUCUCCUUCCCUUCAUCUACACGGAUUGAAGUGGAUUUAACAAGUGACAUCAAUAAGGGAUCAUAGCUUUCACCUGGAUUUACCGGGUCAGUCUGUCAAGGAAAGAGCAGGUGUUCCUAAUGUUUUCUACACUCAGUGUAUAAAUACAAGCACCUACAGAUGUUGCUAAAAUGUGUCUGUGUUUUUCACCAUCUGUCUCUGUGGGUCCACUAGAGGAGAGUAGUGUGGAGGCCUCGUGGCUGCGUGGUAAUGACAGCCUCCAGACACCGGGUGCGCUAGCCACUCCUCAGCUCACCUCCACCGUCCUCAGAGAAAACCCACGGCAGGCGGCGGACACACACCUACCUGACCCCGACUCUGAACCUGGCUCAGAGAACGACUAUGUACACAAGUAAGUGUGUGUGUGUGUGUACGCACGUGCACUGUGUGUCUGUGUGUGUGUGUACGUGUGUGUAACCCUCUCCUCUGCAGUCCCCAGAUGCAGAUGUCUUGGCUAGGCCAACAGAAGAUGGAGGACAGUAGAAAGGAUAGAACAGCCAUGAACUACAUGAAGGCCCGCAACCAGACUGUCAGACAAACUGUGUACGUGUUAAUGUGUGUGUGUGUGUGUGUGUGUGUGUGUGUGUGUGUGUAUGUGUGUGUGUUUACUGACCCCACCUCUCUCUAUCUCUCUAUAGUCGUGGUCUGAUGGAGGAUGACGCGGAGCCAAUCUUUGAGGACGUCAUGAUGUCAUCGCGAGGUCAACUGGAGGACAUGAACGAGGAGUUCGAAGACACCAUGGUCAUCGACCUGGUCAGUGACGUCACUUCCUGUCGCUGUGACAUCACUUCCUGUCGAUCGUGUUUGAUUCUGUCGUUUCGAUCGUCGAUUCUGUUGUGUAAUUCGUCCAGUCUAUCGCUUCAUAUGUUCAUUCUCGUGUUCUGUCGUUCCAGCCUCCCUCCAGGAACAGGCGUGAGAGGGCGGAGCUCAGACCAGACUUCUUCGACUCAGCAGCCAUGAUCGAGGACGAGUCGGUAAGGAGAACACACACACUCAGCCUUGCAGUGGUUAACUAGUGUAUCACCCUAAGACAUCUAAAACGUGAUCCAAUCUGUCAUUUAACAACAUCCCUUGUCUCCGUUAUCCCAGGGUUUCACCAUGCCCAUGUUCUGA